GUCAGGGACGCCAGGCCUCUCUAGGUUUUGCCACUCCACUCCACCAUGAUCAACACUUACCAGACCAGCCUGGCUCCUCCGCCGGUGCCUCCACGCCACAGCAGGUCUCACCCGGUCCUCAUCCCGGCUCCACUUCCAUCACAAGGCCACAGCAAGUCUCUCCUCAGGUUUUUGGUUGGCGCAGUGUUGCUGCAUAUAUUCCUGUCAGUCGGAGGAUUCAUCUAUCUGUACCACAAUGGCAAAAUGGGCCUACAGGGAAGACUUUCCUCAGCAGAAGGAACUGCGGCUCAGCUUUCAUCAGAAAAGCAGGAAACUUCCUCUAAAAUCUUGGCACGCAUGGUAGUUGAGCAGCGCCCACAUACACCAGCACAGCUUCCGACACCGGGUUAUCUCCCGUGGGACAUGAAGCACUCAGUUCUUAGGGACAUCAACUACUACCGCAGAAGUUGGUUGACUAUCCUGCAGCCUGGUGACUACUACGUCUACUCCAGGGUGACCUUCUCCAAGGGCGACUCUCAGAGGCCGCUGGCCAGCAUAGUCAAGCUGAGGGAGAAUGAGACAGGAGAGGAGAAGACUGUGAUGCAAGCAUUCUGCAACCUGAAUGACAAGAGUGGGUCAAUCAGGUGCACAGCCUCGCAGGGAGAUGUGAUCACACUGAAGAAAGGAAACCAGCUCAGUGUCUGGGUACAAGACCUUUCACUGGUGAACUACGAGGAAGGAGCCACAACAUUUGGGAUGUACAAACUGUAGGACUAUAUAAGCACAUACAUGGACCUAAGCUGAAAAGUGGGAACUCAUUAAGUGGAUGGAAGCCACUGAGAACACAGUAUACUGGAUAAGUAAUCAAACUAAUUGUUUCUGGUCUUUGUUAAUCAGAGACAAAGACCACAUUCCUAAACUAUAAUUUAUUAAAUCAGAUAAAAUGUUUGUGUUUUUUUGUGGUAGUAUUGUGAAUGGUUAGUGUAUUUAUUAAUGUAAAUGAGAAUGUGUGGCUGUGAAAUGAAACUCGA